AUGUUUCCAAACACCGCCAAUAAAUCAACAGCUGUUCCACCACCAUCACCAGCUGGAAAUAAUAAUAAUAAUAAUGAAUUCGAUCAACAAAAUAGUCUAUUAAGAACAUUGUGUAUUUUAAUUGAACUUUUUCUACUUUGUUCAAUUACUUCUGUUUAUUUAACAUUCAAUCGUUUUGUUUUUGUUUUUCUUAUUUUUGCAUUGUUAUAUUUACAUUGUCGUAGCUAUUUAACUAUUCGACAGCAACGACAUGUACCACAAAUAUCACUCAUUAUUGAACAAAGACUUGAUGACAAAAACAAAUACAAAAUCUAG